AUGAAUCCUCAGAUCCCGCGCUACGACGUCGUUGUAAUUGGCGGAGGCCCGACCGGCUUGGGCGCAGCGAAGCGGUUGAAUCAGCUAGUGAGACAUCUCGUAUCACGCAAAAUCUUGGACAUGACGCUGAUGGAGACGGGGAAAACCCCAGAACCAAGGCAGCUGGGCGCUUUACGAGAAGACUUCAAACGCCGGGGGCUUGUCGUCGACUUGCAUCACCAAAGAGGGCUCGUUGACUAUGGCGGACAUGUGGUCUUCAGCCACUAUAAAUUCUUUGACGAGUGUCUGGAUGAAGCAUUGCCCCGGGAGCAAGACUGGUGCCGGCACCAGCGCAUCUCGUACAUCCGCUUCAAGGAUCGCUGGGUCCCAUAUCCUUUCCAAAACAAUCUGUCCGCCCUGUCGGUAGAUGACCAAGUCACAUGUCUCGGCGGUCUCAUUGAUGCAGCGGCGCAGGCCAAGACGGCGCCAAAGCCCAAGACGUUUGACGAAUGGAUGCUGCUCAACUUGGGCGAGGGCAUUGCCGACUGCUUCAUGCGCCCGUACACGUGGAAGGUCUGGGCAACGAGGCCUACCAAGAUGCAGUGCGCCUGGCUGGGAGAGCGGGUGCCGGCGCCGGACGCGAAAAAGGCGGCGACCAAUGUGCUCAAAGGUGUGGUACAAGGCAACUGGGGACCUAAUGCGACAUUUCGCUUCCCCAGCGCGGGCGGGACGGGCCACAUCUGGGAAGCCGUAGCAAGCACUCUUCCGCAAGAUCGCUUGCAUUACAACAAGACGAUCUCUUCAGUUGACGAAGACCAGAAAUUUGUCACUUUUGAAGAUGGCGAGGUUGUUCAAUAUGGGCAUCUUAUCACGACUAUGCCGCUUGACAUCCUGGUUUCAAAAAUGAAACACGCAGACAGGUAUUCCACCUGCAGGAGGCUUGCCUAUUCCUCAACCAAUGUCGUUCUGGUGGGAAUCCGUGGUACACGUCCUGACGCUAUUGGGUCGACUUGCUGGUUUUACUUUUCUGAAGACAAUUGUCCCUUCUACCGCGCCACCGUCUUUUCAAAUUAUGCUCCAGGAAACGUCCCGACGCCCAGCACAAAACUCCCUACUAUACGUCUUGCGGAUAAUUCGAGGUUGCCGGAUCCGACACCGCGCGCGGGGCCAUAUUGGUCUCUACUCCUAGAGGUUUCCGAGUCGGUAGAGAAACCGGCAAGUCCGAGUCUGCUAGAAGACUGUAUACAAGGGCUUCUCAACACGGGUUUACUCGGAGCAGAGGACGAGAUUGUCUCGCUAUUCCAUAAACGCUGUCAUCAUGGCCAUCCUACGCCAAAUCUUGAGCGCGAUUCCGUGCUCAACGAGGUGCUACCAGCGUUGCGAGACCUCAAUAUCUACUCUCGUGGCCGAUUCGGUAGUUGGAAGUAUGAGGUCAGCAAUCAGGACCACUCAUUCAUGCUUGGAGUAGAGGCUGUGGACAAUAUCCUUUUUGGAGCCACCGAAUUGUCUCUGUUGUAUCCAGAUGUCGUGAAUGGCCGGUCAAAUAACGAGCGAACGCUCCAGAUUGGCACCAUGAAGCAGACUGCGCCGAAUGGCUUCCGUGUAUGA